GUGCAAAAAUUUGCUUUUUUCAAUCAUAUUUUUUUUAAUUAUAAAAGUGAUUGAACAGCUGUGAUUCUUUUAAAAUAUAAUGUAGAAAAGAAUUCAAAAAGUGUCCUGCUAAUGUAGCAAGUAUAAAAUUUAAAGAAAUCGUUUUCUCGGGGACGUGCAACGAAUAUCACUUUCGUUCACAGCUUCAGUUCAUUUCAUUAUUGUUUCAAAACGGUUCCAUCUCCAUUCAGUUAAAUCUUCUGAUUUAAGUUUCGUCAUUAUUUCCUGUUCUGUUUUUUGUGCUGAUAAAAGAUUAUAAAUUUGAAAAAAUCAAAGAUGUCUCAGAUUGGAAGACAAUUGGAGACACCACGACCACUCAAAUCGAGCAUUAAACAACAAGCAAUGCCGUUGUAUCAACAACAGCAAAGCUUCGAAGUUAAUUCAAUUGAAGACUUGAUUGCAUUAAUCGAAGCAGUUGCCAACUCGCUCUCUCAAGGCGAUGUUUCCCUUGAUCUUUUCAAUAAAAUGUUUAGCAGCCUUUCAUUGCACGGACCACAACUUGAAAUUUACUCGAAAGAAAUUCUCGAUCGUUGCUUCAUCGUUUAUCGGAAUGCAUCACAGGACGAUCGCUUAAAGAUUUCCAUUCGUCUUAAUUUGCUUAAUCUCAUUGAGUUGAGAGCCAAUUCUUGGCAAUUAUCAGAUGGACUGAACACUUAUUACAAGCAAAAGGCUGCAACGAAUGUUGAGCCUGAUAACGACAUGAACAUGUUGGGCACUUCCCCUUCGAUCAACAUGGGAAUGACAUUGAUAGGACAAGCAUUGGCACCUGGUGAGAUUGUCAAGAACAGUGGAAAGUUUGCCAAGCCAACAAAGAUUCCUGGCAAGAAUUACUCAAAAGAUGAAAUCAUAAUUCGUAAUGCUGACAGUGGAAAAGUGAAUCCUGGUGCAAAGGAACGUCUUGUGCAAAUCACUGGACCAAGUGAAGAAAGCAUUAAUUAUGCAAAGCUUUUGAUUGAAGAUACAAUCAAACGUAAUGCAAGUCCAAUACGUGAAGCAUCACAAGAAGGUUCUUGUAGUUCAUUGGCAUCAUCAGAUGAUCAACAAGUAACAGUUUUGCCACGUACACGAAUGGCAAUGCAACAACACAUUAAUGUUCAGUUGCCGAUGGGAAAUAAAUUAACGCGAAGCAAUUCACAUCAUAAUAAUUCAGUUUUUCACAGUUUAAGUACGAAUGAUGCUUCAUUAGGUGAAUAUAAAUACACGGUGAACGUUGGAAAUCACAGUAUAAAGAUAACCGGUGAUUCAUUGGAAUUGGUUAAAGUUGCAAAACUUGUUCUUGAUGAUUUCUUCACUCAACAAGAAUUUUUAAAAUCAUCGGAAGCUAUGAUGCUAAACGCUGAAGCAGCUUCAUCGAUGAUACCACUUGGGCAUCAAUUGUCAUCGCAAUCAUCACCUUUUAUCGACAGUGGAGUUCAUUUAGAUCUUCUUGCACGAUCAUCAUCAAAUGCUGUAGUUCAGCUUUCAAAUGAAGUCGAAGAUGAUGUGUUUAUGCAGGGAAGUCCAAAUAACAGUAACGAUGAUGUUCAAGUGUUGACAUCAUCAUCAUCGAUCGAUUCAUCAAGCUCAUCAAACACCACUGUAGUUACAGAACAAAUAAAUGCACCAGCUAAUGGUUUGAGUCGUUCACGUCGUUCUCAUUUCUCACGUAAAGAUAGCACACCAGAAAUGGCUAAUAAAGUUAAGCCAGAUAAAGAUCAGAUUAUUGUUCACACAAAGAAGUCUCUCUGGUGGUUCUAUCAAAAUUUGCCAUUAUGCAAGGGUUUGCCAACCAACUACGAUUAUAUCCGCGAAAAGAUUCCAGCAAUUAUUCGCGACAAGAAUUCAUCAUCAAGCUCUGAGACGAGCUCGAGUGCUGUUGUGAGAUACUCGGAUGCUGAGAAGUUCCUUGAAAAGCGUACCAUUGUUGAAUCGAGUGACGACGUCAUUGAAGUUGAUGAUGACGAUUAGUUGAUUAUUUUUAAAGCAUCUGCGAUGAAUCUUUCUAACAACAUAACAACAAGAUACAUAAAUAUUUAAGAUAAAAUUUUGUAACUUCUGUAGUCCAAUUUUUUUCUACAAUUUUUUUUCUUUAUUUCAUUUCAUGGAUAUUUUUUUAUACAUACAUACAACAUAUCUAACACGUAAAAGAUUAAAUCAUGAGCAGGCUAAUUGUCAAUUUAUUGUAAAAGAAAAUUGAAGAGAAGAGUCGCAUGUUAGCGAAAAAUUAAUCACAUUAAAACAAAAAAAGAGAAAAUUUCGUUGAUGAAAGCUUUUGACGCAUUUUUCUAAAUUUUAGCGAAAAAUUGCGAGUGAAAAGCGUCAUCGACAUGAAAAUUAAUGUUGAACACGACUUGAAUCGAUUUCAUUACGAUUCAUCAGAGGAAUUAAAGGGUCAAAAUAUGUAAAUUAAUCUAGUCUCACAUCUCAUUAAUUAAUUAAAUUCAUUUUUUUAUUUAUUAAUCCAAAUUUUCAUUCUUUUUAUGCCUUUUCUGACAAUGGCAAUGACAGUGAACUAGUUGAGAAUUGUCUCCAUUAUUCGAUGCAAUUUUCCUUUCAUUCAUUCAUCCAAUUUAUCACUACAACAUUUAUUUAGUUUUGUUUCAUCACGAAAAAGAAAAAAAAAACAACAUUUAUAAUUAAACUAAUUAUAACAUGUAACAAUGAAGGUGAAGAGGAAAUAAAAAAAGAAUUUUCUUUUGUUUUUCAAAGCGAGUUUAUUAUCGAUAUAAAUUUUCUUUUUUAAAUAACAUUUAAUUAAUGAUUAAAGCGUGAGCUUCUUGAUAUCUUCGAUCUUAAAAUCAGUUCUGAAUUUCAAAAUCGUUCUGAUCUCGUUUGGUGUCAAACGCCACGCUGUGAAUGGUCCACAAUCGUUUUGACUUUUCGGAUCGUAAUACUCUGAAAGUUCUGUAACUUUCUCAAGAUUAAGAAUAAUUGCAAUUUGUGUGAGUCGCGCCAUUUUAUCACGAACUGUCCAGCUUGUAGCUGCUGUUAGAAAGCUUCCGAGUGCUCGCACUUCUUGAUCGAGAACCAAACCACCAAGACGAUUAAAACCUGACUUCUUAAUCGAUCUUUCAAAUCUCGUCGUCACAUCUAUCGCCAACAUGCUCACAAGCACAUCAUAAUUCCUUUCACUGAGAUUCUUUUUGAAUGAAUUUAAAAGCGAAUCAAGUUGUACGAUCAAGAACUGAAUGAAAGUUUCACCAGCUUCAUAAGCUGCAAGUUCUUCUUCUGUCAUCAUAUGAUUGUAAGAUUGAAAUUGAUCAAUCCACGGAUUCAAUCUUGGCUUAAGUGCACUUGAACGAAGUUGUUGCAUUCCAAACUCAAUGACAGCUUUCAACGAAUCGCCGACAUUUCUUAAUCCACUCAAACAACUGUCAAUCAUUUCUUUCUUAUGAGCUGACAUCGUUGGAAAUGAAAUUUUUAUCUCUUCACCCAUGUUGAUGUGAAGUGUCUCAAUGUAUUCAGUUGAUUUGUCAGCAUUAUUCAAAGUGAUGAUGAACUUUGUUCGUGCCACUUCCGAGUCACUCGUUUGAAUCUUUCCUUGCUGAAUGCUGCUUUGAAAAGCAUUGUAAGCUUGUGCAAGAUCGAUGUAACCUGAAGGAUAACCAGCUUUCAAAGGACUUUUAAGUGAAUUAAUAAAUUCCUGUUCAAGACAUGAAGCGCCAUUGUUAAUGACAGCACAAAUUCCAUCAACCGAUUGUGUUCCAAUUGAUCGUCGAAUACAUUUACGUACGAUAAAGAAGACAUCGUCAACCAUACUCGAAUAAAGUUGUCCCGUCUCGAAAGCAUCCAAAGCGAUUCCUUUCACGACACUUUCCUCCAUGAAAUAUUUUUCAAAAAGCAGAUAAGUGCUGAGUAAUUCAUGCAUUUGUGUGCUUAAUUGUGACUUUUUAAUCAUUGAUUCAAGUGAUUCCAUGUUUGAUUUCUUAUCUUCACCUGACAUGCUGCUUUUCUCAAUGUCUUGCGUUACACGACGUCGAAUAAAUUUCACAUAAAGUUCAGCUCUUGAAUGCAUUAUUGUCACUUCAGCAAUAAGUGCAUCUAAAUCCUUUGCAUUCAACUUAUCCAUACUUCCAGAAGCUUUCCUUAGAUGACCAAGUGUGCUCGUUGAGCUGCUUGAUUGACUUUUCAUGAAAUCAUUUAUUUGGUUGAUUUUUCUUUGAAUCUUUCUUUGAUUAUUGAAAUCCUGGACAAGUUUUCUUGUCUCAUCAUCGCAUUCAACUUGUAAAAGCUUCACCAUCUUCAACAAAUGUCCGAAUCCAUAAUAACUUUCAAUUAUAGGCUGAUUGACUUCAAUUACUCUUAAAACAUUUUCUAAUAAAACUGUAAAUGUGUCGGCAUAAGCAACGUUCGUUCGUUUCUCAGCUUUUGCGAUGUCCAUUGAUUGCCUCAAUUCCUUUUGCGCUUUUGUUGUUAGUUUUGAACAAACGUAUGAAGUGAAUUUUGCAAUUCCCUCGUCGUGCAUUCCCAGUUGAGGGAAAAUUUUGAAAAAUCUUUCGACUGACGCGAGAUCGUCUUUCUUGAUGGCUUCAUCAAGUUUAACUUUAACAAUUUCCCUUCUCUUUGGCAGCUUUCUCAAGAGUGUCAACAGCUUUAUUCACUGAAGUCAUUGAGGAAACAUCGUCAGCAGUUUUCUCCAACAAUUUCUUAUCCAUCGCUAAAUAUCGUUGAACAUGAGCAGCACCUUUCUCAUAAUUUUCUUCUUUAAUGGCUAACAUGACACCUUGACUACACAGCUGAAGAUCUAUGAGAUCAUGAACACGACAUUGAACUUCCGAUGCCCGCAUUCUUGCAACAUCCAGACGACGAACUUUUGCACUAACUUUCUCUGCGAGAUCGGCGGUGUGACUUAUCAUUUCAGCAAGCUUUUUAGAGUCAUCACUCACAGAUGCUUUCAAGAUUUGCUGAUGUUUAGUUGAACAAUUUCUUAAUCGUGCUUCUAAAUUGAAUCUUUUCGACAAUAAAUUUUCUAAUGUUUCAUUAAUUUGUGCUUCACGUUCAGUGAUUCUUUCACAUAGUCUGUCAAUCCCUUCAGUUGUCUUUAAAUCUUCACUAUCACCAAUGCCCACAAUACCUGAUAAAUCCAUAUUAAAAUGCAGAAAAACUUUUGUUGUGAGUUGGCGAAUAUUAUUGGAAUGGUCAUGUACUUUUUUAAGGGG